AUGGGGCUCGUGAUCGACGACGAGGAGGCGGAGGCCGCCGAGAAGGCGGCGAAGGCGGCGCUGGACGCGGACGCGCCGUGGAACGCGCCCGACGAGGACCCACCGCCGGGGACCGCGGGGGAGGACGCCGAGCCCGAGUUGGACGCGGAGGGCAACCCGGUGGAGAGGCCGGCGCCGGUGGAUUACAAGGGCAUCGCGAAGCGCCUGGCGAUGGCGACGACGCCCGCGGAAGGGGAGGAUGAGGUGGACCACCUCAAGCUCGUGUGCGACGCGUGUGACGACAUCCGCGCGCUCGAUAUCGUCGCCAAGGAUGGGUACGACGAGAUGGCGAGCAAGAUCAAGCACUUCCGCGUCGUCGAGCUGCUGUUCAGGCACUUACGCGCGAUGCCCGCGCCGUUGCCGCCGACGCCCGAACCCGAGCUCGACGACGAGGGCAACCCGAUCGAGCCCCCGGCGGAGGACGACAAGGAGAACGAGCGCGAGCUGACCGCGGAGGAGCGGAAGGCGGCGGAGGCUGAAGCGGAGGUUCGCGCCAAAUGGAACGCGGUGGGGAUGCCGUGCGCCAGGGCGCUCGCGCACCUCGUCUCCGUCCCCGGCGCCAUCCGCCGCGAGGUCACCGACUCUCCGUACCACACCCGGGCGCUCUUCGCGCUGUGCGACCCGGCGCCGUUCCCGCCGCGAGACGCGCUCGCGCUUUCCGACGUCGCGCUGAGAUGUUUAACCCAACUCGCGCGGGGCUCGUCACCGUUCGCCGCCGCCGUCGCCGCCGCCGCGUGCGGCGACGACCCGGCGCUGCCCGGCACCGCGUGCACGUGGCUCACGCGCAUGUGCGCCCUGGCGCCGCCGCCCAAGACGGAGGCGCAGUUGGCGGACGAGGCGGAGAGGGAGGCGGAGGAGUUACAAAAGAAAGAGGCGGAGGGUGACGCGUACGUACCGCCGCCGCCGCAGCCGCCGCAUCCGCGUUGGCGCGUCGCGGCCAAGGCGAUGCGACUGGCGACCGCCCUGGCGCGGUCGCCGUCGCAUCGCGCGCGGAUCAUGCGCGUGGUCGAGCCCGCGAGGACGCCGAUAACCGUGGAGAGUUUGCGGGCCGAGCGAGAAGCCGCCGAGAAGGAGCGCGACGGAGAGACAAAGAAAACCAAGGCGGCGAAGGACUCGGAGGAACCGGCGGAUAUCCUGAAGGUGGCGCUGGAGUGCGCCACGAAGCACCCGACGCGCGAGGAGCCGGGGGAUAAGACCGCGAGGAUGCUGGCGCUGAGGCUGGUGCGGCUCGCGUGCGCGGACGCGAGCGAGGCGCUCUGCCGCAUCGUUGACGGGGAGGACCUCGACGGAAUCGCCAAGCUGAUGGGCACGGUGACGUCGGCGGAGGAGGAUCCGGACGUAAGGACGGAGGCUGCGGCCGCGAUGCUCGCGGCGCUGACCAAGGACAAGCGCGCGGCGGAGGAUUUCGGCGACCGGAACGCGCUCGCGGCGCUCAGAUCGCUCAUGCCGACGAUAUCGGACGAGGAACCCGAGCUGGUCAUCCCGCCGCCCGAAGGCGGCGAGCCCGCCAAGGAAACCCCGCCCGAGGAAACCCCCGCCGAGGACGACGACGCCGGGGACGGGGACGGCAGCGACGACGACGUCUCCGUCACCGGCGAGAACCUCCUCACGGAGGUGUUCGGCCUCCGUCCCAUAGGCUACGUGACGCCGCCGCCAAAGCCCAAACCGUUUCGGGCGACGAGGGACCCGCUCCCGCUCGCGUCGCAGCCCACGACGCACCCCGCGCUCUACCCGACGCUCCUCAGGCUGCUCGCGUGCGUCGUGACGGCGCACGACGAGACCAGGCGGUCCAUCGCGGACAAGUGCGGGUACUUGCUCACGUACAGGGAGAAGAUGGGAAAACCCCCGCCCAAGCCGGAUGACUACGACACCCUCGUCAGGUGGUGCGUCACCGCGUUGAGGGAAGCGGUCGAGGACGCGGACCCGGCGACGGAGCCGCCGCCGAGGAUGACGGAGGAGGAGCGCGCGGCGGCUGCGGAGGCGGAGGCGGCGGCGGAGCCCGAGCCCGAGUCCGAGCCCGAGCCCGCGGGUGAAGCCGAAGGGGAGGACGGCGCCGGCGAGGGGGACGUCGAGAGCGAUGACGAGUGGGCGACGGAGUCCGUCGAGACGAUCGUCCCGCCGGAGCCCGACCCGGAGACGGAGGAGGAGAAGGCGGCGCGACUGGACCUGGAGUACCGAACCUGGCACGCCAUCCGCGACAGACACGCGGCGGAUUACGAUUGGCACAACCCGGAGGUGUACGCCGCGGUCAUCGCCGUUUUCAACGCGCUCUCGGGCGAGGAGGCGGUUUGCAAGUCGAUCCUGAACGAGGAGUUUUAUCCGGGCGCGCUCGAGCGGAUCAUCGAGGUGAUCCCCCGCUCGUUCGCGACGAUCGAGGAGGGCGCCACGUUCGUGACGCGCGUGUGCGAAAAGGGGGCGUACGCCGACGUCGCCCUCGACGUGGAGGAGUCCAUGCGGAGGCGCGUGGAUUUAGUGGAGAAACUCAAGGCCAUCGCGGGUUGCCUCGCCGCGCCGGAGACUGGGCGGAUGCACCGAGGACGGGUCGCCACCCUGGCGCACGAGGCUGCGCUCGUCAUGCUCCCGUUGCGCGAGUACCUCCCGUCCAUCGGCGUUCGGCCGGUUCCUCUCGCCGCGGAGUAUCACACCGUGCCGACGCCGCCGACGAACCCCAUGCGCACGUGGAGGCUGAAGAUGACCAGGAACGUGGACAAAGAGCGGGUGGACGCCGAGUGCAGGGUGCUGCCCCUGCACACGACGCUUCCCGAGCUGUGGCUGCAGGUCGAUCCGAGCACGGGCGAGCCGUGGGAGCACGCGGGGCGCAAGUUUGCCCGCGCCAUCGGCGAGCUCACGCACCCCGUCGUCGUCCCGGAUCCGCCUCCGGAGGCUUCCGGGGAUGGGGCGGACACCGGCGAACCCGCGCCGAGCGCCGCGACGUUCGACGCGGCCGUCAAGGCUGUCGCGGACGCCGAAGCCGAGAAGGCGACGGGUCCGCGACGGCACGAUCCGCCCCCGAAGUGCUUCUUCGCCGCGCUUCGCUUCAUAACGACGGUGAUUGGGGAGGGCGACGCGUUCGUUCAGCCGCCGCCGCCCGAGCUUCCCGAGCCCGUCGAGGGCGAGGAGCCCCCGCCCGAACCGGAGCCGCAGCCUCCACUGGACGAGUUUCACAGGGCGAUGUGGCGCGAUCCGGAGAGCGCGCCGCGCGCCCUCAUCGCCGCGGACGGCGCGCUGUCUGCCAAGAUGAAAACCUGGCUCGAGGAGAACAUCGCGUAUGCGGACAAGGACGUGAUGGGGGGCCCUGACCCGGAGGCGCCCGAGGUGAUCAAAACGGACAAGGUCCUCGUGGCGGACGCGAGGGCGGUGCUCGCGGCGAAGGAAACGGCGCUGCCGGGGAUUUACGUCGAGGAUGCGCGAAAGGAGGGAGAGGCUGCGUACGCCAUGGUCCGGUGGUGCUACUCGGUUGCCAGGUUUUGUCAGCUCGCGGCGGAGAGGCGCGCGAGGCGGCUAGAGCGGCGGACAGAGCGACUGCGUCUGAAGCGGGAGUUGGAGAAGGAGGAGGAGGCGCGGCGGCUGGCGGCGGAGACGGAGGCGGCCGCGGCGUAG